UUAUUAUUUUCGUCGGGGUGGAAUGGACAAAAUGUCGCUCAAAUUGGCCGUCAGUUAGCUAGCUCGCUCGUUAGCUCAGCCAUUGCCGCUCUUUGAACUUGACGCGUGACGUCACAAAGAGCACCCCAGUCUUCGCCGUGUGAUUGGCGGAUUGAGUUAUUUUGGGCGGUCCUAAUAAUGGGAAGGACAUAAAUACCAAGUGACCAAGAAAAGCCCAUUCCGAGUGACAUGAUGGAUGAUCGAGAGUGGGAAACCAUUUGGGAAGUGGUGAGCGCGGACUCGGGCAAGAUGCUCAACCAACGAGAGCAGGUCAGCGGUGCACCGUCGGUGGUGAGCAUCAGCCUCCUACCUGUUGGAGUGAUAUUAAGACAGAACUUUUCCGAGCUGGUGCCGAGCCCAGUUAGCCAUCCUCCGCGACCUUCGCCAGCGAAUUCAAACACAAAGAGGAGGAAAUGCGGGGACACGUCUUAUAUCAAAAAGCCACCAAAUGCAUUCCUCAUUUUCAUGAAGGAGCAGCGGCCUUUCGUGAAGGCCGCUGCGCCACGGCAAGACAGCGCCGCUGUCAACAAGGUCCUGGGGCAAAUGUGGAAGUCGCUGACGCCGGCUGAGCAGCUCAGUUACUUCCAAGAAUCUGAGCGGCUCAGCCGGAUCCACGCCACCAGGUACCCGGACUGGACCUACAGAGACAACUACGGCAAAAAGCAAAAGAGAAAGUGGGGCAGUGCAGCCACCAGCGUAAAUCAUCUGACCGCGCCUGCGCCACAGCUCGCGGUAUUGGCCCCGGUGCCCUCAACGGGGCCCGACGAUCGCCCUUGUACAGGCAGCAUGAGGCACUGAAGGCGGAGGAAGCGGCCGGAUCGGAGCAUAGACUUUAAAUUUAUUUCAAAUGUUUUAAUAAAACUAUGAAUUUUUUCAUUUUUGUUUUUCUCUCUCAAUGAAUGUUUUUACGAAUGUAUUUUAUUAAUUCUAUUCUGUGUGUGUUGCACAGAAAAUAUACACUAAUCCCCAUUAUUUAGAACAGUAUAGAAUAAAAAAGUUUCAGGUCACAUAUUUCACACUUUCAUUUCGGGCCCACCAACCUUCCACAAAGUGAGAGCUGCUACAGUUUAC